GUCCUAAAAAUAUACAAGCUAAAAAGAAGAAGAAAGUGUAAUUACCGAAAACAAAAUAGCCGCUAUUAUAAAAUAAAUAAUUAUAAACAUUUCGGUUAUUAGAUUUACUUUUUGUCGAAAGGUAAUUGAUAUCAAAAAUGUAUAGAACAGAUAAACAGUUUAUGAAAAACCCAGCGACAGUACCUUGUAGAAUUUACAUUGGCGGAUUAGCAAAAACAGUGAUUGCUAGUGACCUAGAAGAAAUAUUUAAACAGCAUGGUACUAUAGCAGGUCUAAGUUUACAUUCAGGGUUUGCUUUCAUUCAGUUUGAGAAAGAAAGUGAAGCUCAAUCUGCAAUACAAAAAGAAAAUGGUACAUUAGUGUGUGGUAGGAGGAUUACAGUAAAACAAGCAUUAGAUAAGCCUAAAACUAAUCAAAAUCAGCAACAAAAAGGAGGUAUUCUCAACAAAAAUACUCAAGCUACGCCCCAAAAGCAAGCGCAAGAGUCUCCCGUACCUCAAGAAACUCCGCCACCGCCUCCUCCUCAAAACGUUAAUGUAAAACCUGAAUUUGAACAAGAUACCGGAGAGGAUGUGGUCGAAGAUGAUAGACCAAAUAUAAAACCACCGGGCCAGCGUAGACAUAGCGCGGAUAAAGGUUUUCAUAAAGGCGGUAGAAAAGGAGGUGGAAGAAAUAAAUCAAAAGAUAGAGAAUUUGAAAGAUUUAAUAAAAGAUUCGAACCUCCACCAAAGAUGGAUGUUUAUAGAGACAACAGAGAUCCUUAUCCUUUCGGUAGAGAUGUUGAUUAUUUACCUCACAGAAACGAAUCCUAUCAACCAGUUUUUGAACCACCUCCACCUAUAGUUGAGAAAAAUGAUUGUGAAAUUAUUGUUGUAGCAAAACAACUAACAGAGUAUGCAGAGUUUAUUGAACAGAAAUUAAAAACUCAUGGAAUGUUAGUGGAUCUACUGUUUCCGAAUGAAGAUGUCCCAAUUGGAAAAGUUUUGGCAAAUAUAUCAAGUAGAGGUUGUUUGUACGCCAUACUCGUAAUGCCAGUAAAUGAAGAACAUCGAAGUUUAACACUCAAUAUUCUUCAUGGUAUUCCACAAGAACAUAGAAAUAUGCCAAUAGAUGAUGCUAUGAUCUUGAUAUCAAGAGAUUUUGAAGCAUAUAUGAAAGGUGAUCGCGUUCCUGUUGAUCCAAAUCAUAUGACGUUAAAUGAUAGACAUCCAGCACAAAUGCAGAUGCUCCUGAGUCUUUUAUCAGAAAAUCGUCAGAUAACGUCUAUACAAUAUGACAAAUUGAUCGUUUAUUUACAAGAAAGACGAGCACUUCAAAAAGAAUACGAAAUUGAACAGGGCUUAACACCAACAGAAGAACCUGACGCUAAACAAGCGGAACUUCAGAAUCGUAUAAUGAACAUACUUAAUAAAUCCGGUGACGUUUCGAUACCGGAACGACAACAAAGCGACGAAUCGACGCCGAUUUUAAAAGAUCCUACUGUCCAAAAGGCAUUAGACAGUUUGAUGUUAGGAGAUAUGUUUAAGAAUAUUUCUGGAUAAGAUGUGUUAGUUUUAUGUGUGUGAUAAAAGUGAUUGGUUCCAAAAACACUUUAUGUGAACACUUAGUGACAUCCCCUAUAUUAAAUAUAAAGUGACCCUAAAAAGGUUUUGUAGAGUUUCAAAAGAUUGGGAUCUAUGAUGUGUCAUGAUAACUAUAUUAUUAAAAUUUUCUCUAAUUGUAUUUCCUAAUUUUUAAUGUGUUGAAAAUGUAUUCAUUGGCAAAAUCAAAACAUUACAUUAUAAGAAAAACAAAAUUGAACAUCUUGAUUUAUUGCAAAUUUGGUUCUGUCAGUUUAUUUUUCAUCUUUUUUAUCAUCAAGAUCAGAAUGAAUGUGUUUUGGGAAAAAAUGAGUGACUAUCAUUAUCCUUACCUGAUAUAAAAAUACUUUGCAAAAAUCAAACAAAGUUUUCAAAAAUUUUUUGCUCAAAAUAUAUUUUAUUUAAUUCCAAAUUUUUUUAGUUACUUUUUGGUAUCCUAAAUUAUGUUUUCUGCUUUUGUAACCUUCGUUUAUCUUUGAAUCAUUUUUGAUAUUUCGUAAGGAUAUACCCUUCCACUGCUGGUUUAUAUUGUUUUAUGUCCUUCAUUUAUACAGAAUGUUCACCGGAAGUUGAUUUUUGAAAACUAAAGGGUUAGAACAAAAAAAUUUCCUUAUAUAUUAUAUAUACAAUAAACUGAAAAAAGUAAAUUACAGUA